GUGUUAUGGAUCUCGCGAGAUUUGGAGCCGAGUACAGCUGACCAAAACAGGAACAUGGCAACAGUGUUCGGAGGAAUAGAAGGUGGAGGGACUCAUUCCAGGGCUGUGCUGCUGUCUGCAGAUGGGAAGGUGCUGGGAGAGGCAGUGGGACCCUGCACCAACCACUGGUUGAUCGGGGUGGAUAAAUGUCUUGAAACCAUCAACGAAAUGGUCCAGCAAGCGAAGAUCGCAGCAGGACUGGACCCAAACACAGCGCUGCGCUGUCUGGGUAUGUCUCUGAGUGGGGGGGAGCAGAAGGACGCUAUUGACAACCUGAUUGCUGUGAUGAAGAGACGGUUCCCACAUCUAAGCCAGGAUUACUUCAUCACCACAGACGCGAUCGGUGCCAUGGCAACGGCGAGUGAUCGAGGUGGCAUAGUCCUGAUAUCAGGAACCGGCUCAAACUGCAAGUUGGUCAACCCUGACGGCUCACAGAUCGGCUGCGGAGGCUGGGGUCACCUGAUGGGAGAUGAAGGAUCGGCGUUCUGGAUUGCUCAUUUGGCCGUGAAGACGGUGUUCGAUGCCAAAGACAACCUGGUGGCGCCGCCUCAUGACAUCACACAUGUUAGAAAAGCCAUGGAGGAGUACUUCCAGGUGUCUGAUCUGAUGGGAAUGCUGCCACAUCUGUACAGAAACUUCCAGAAAUCGUUCUUUGCUGGUUUCUGCAAAAAGCUGUCUGAAGGUGCAGAAGCCGGAGAUGCUCUCUGCCAGCAUGUGUUUGCCGAGGCAGGGAGAGUCCUGGCUAAACAUGUAGAGGCCGUGCUACCUGCAGCACAAGAGUCCUUAUUUAGUGGUGAACGGGGCGUCCCCAUCCUGUGUGUGGGCUCUGUGUGGAAGAGCUGGUCCCUGCUGAAGCCUGGGUUCACAGAGGUCAUGGGGAAGGCUGCAUCGUCUGCCGGCUUGAAGGGGCGUUUUCAGGGCUACAGCCUCCUGUUUUUGCAGCAGUCCUCUGCCCUCGGAGGUGCCAGCCUCGGCGCUCAGCAUUUAGGCUCCUCAAUCCACAUGGAUUAUGACGCCAAUGCAAAAAUCUUCUAUCAACACUCCUUUAACAGCAGCCAGUGACAAUAAAUCCAAAAGGCCACUUUAUGAUUUUUAAAAACACAUUGCUCUGACUCCAAUCACAAUGACUUGAAUCAAGUUGCUGUAAGUUCUUGCACAUUAUUUCAAAAGAUACCCCAAAAGAAGAUUUAAAAAUAGCUGAAAUCAUGAGGGGUUCUUUUUAUCUUCACAGUUCCUGUAACAAGAACUGAAAGUACUAUCAUUACAUUUACAAACUUUUUUUUUCUACCUUGGAUGAUUCAUGUGCAAUCAUGAUUUUUAAUAAUAAACAUGCUGCAGAUUCUCCAGAUGUGUGCAGGACUUGAGAGAUUUUACGGCUUAGUUCCUGCUGCUCUACCUGAAGUUAUAUGAUUAAUAAAGAUCAGAUUAGAGCAAUUAAACAAUUUAAAAAA